AUGUGCUCCAAGAAAGUCUUCGUCCUCGUCGCUGUCGCCUUCUUUGGAUUGCCUGAAGACGUCAGAGCCUGCGGAAGCGUUGACGUCAUCCCUGUGACGACCGCGGGUCCCUCUUCGACGCUGGCCAGCACGACGACCAUGGGUCCUGGCAGGAAGAGAAGGUCCAUCGUCGACGUCGAUGACGUCAGCGUCAUCACCUUCAUCACUGACGUCAUUUUCGCCGAGCAGAGCGAGGAGGACGUCCAGAAGCUCGUCGAGGAGGUUUUCAUUAUUUUUUUGGAGGUAUUCAAAUAUUUUUCCAAAUUUAGUUCCUAGAAACUCGAGCAAAAUCUCUUUUCUACAAAAAAAGUGAAAAAUAAUCGAUGUUCAUUAAAAAUAACAAAUUUCAUUAAAUUUUUUUAUUGGAAAAAUUGAAAUUUUCAUCAUUUCCAUUGACAAAGACCUAAAAAAAUGGCGUUUAAUACGAAUUGCAAAAAAAUUUGAGAAAAAAAUUUAUUUUGGAAAAAUUAUUAUUUAUUAAAAAAAUCGAGUAAAAAAAGUUUUUUUGAACAUACUGAUGAUAAGAAUGAUAAUUCCAACCUGUUUUCAAUCAUUAAAAUUUCAAAGUUUACAGAUUUCAUCGAGCGUUUCUGAAAAAGACGGAGCGAUGACCGGCGCCCAAUACAAGGUCAACUCUUUCGAAGACAAUGGGAAACUCGCCGUCCGAUACACGAUUCAAAACGCUUCCUGCCAACAAGUCACCAAGUACCGCAGCUUCGGAAUAGCUUGAUCAAAUUGACUUUUUCAGAUUCGCCAGCACCGCCAAAUUCUACGCCAAGUUCAUCUCGGUCGCCACCGUUGAGUGCAACCACGAGGGCCAAGAAUCCGCAUGA